AUGUGGAGCUCGUCCGGACGCUGGGCACAUCGCUCUUUGCGCCGUCGCCGCCUCCUCGCCGGCGCCGGUCCUCCCCUCCGCUCCCGCCACUGGCGCAGGUCGACGCGAACGUCCGCGACGGCUGCACCUCACCAGCAGCUUGUCACGGUCAGGCUCCGGCCGAACUCACUGCCGGCCGCCGUUCCCCGCCGCCUCUACCUCGUCGUCCAAGCAGCGGCACCUGCUGCUGCCUCAGGGCCUGGCACCACCGCCCGCGCUGUACCGCUCAGGCGAUUGUCAAUGCCGGUCCCUCUAUCCUCCAUUGGAAGAGAAUUAGGAAAGGAGAGGAGCUCCUGCAGGGAGCGUAGGGGAUUGCCGAACCCUCAACUUGGACCCCAACCUGCAGGAGUGAGGGUUCGUAGCAAAUUUCCAGGUCGAGCCCUCACCCGGUCAAACCCCACGCGCGCGAGGGAUUUUUCCCAACUGCUCCCGCCCCCGCCCCUUCCGUCCGCGCCGUCGGCGCCCGCCGCCGUCCCCGCCGCCGGCCAUGGAGGCCGGCCAGCCCCCGGCGACCCUCUCCGCGCCGCCCGCCGCCGUCCCCGCCCCCCAACACGCUCGCCCCGUCCCGGCCCCGCCCGCGCCUCGACCGAUGCCGCGGUGGCGGCGAUGGUCGCCGCGACCCACGUCGAGCAAAAACGGAGGCGGGCGGGCACCCACCUCCCGCCGGCGACCCCCUCCGCGCCGCCCGCCCCCGUCCCCGCCCCCAAGAAGGACAAACCGGCCGGGAAGCCGGCGAAACCGGCCGCGCCCGCCCCUGCCCCCAAGCCGGCUCCCGCGCGCAAGGAGAAGCAACUCGCAAGGAGGAAGAAGGGGGUGGACCCGCCACCGCCACCGGCGAGCACGCCCGGUCCAACGCCGCCAAUCGCCACCGCCACCGACGUGCUCGAUGAAAUGUCCGCCCCAACCGUUGAUGUCCAGUUUUGA